AUGGGCACUCAUGAUCCCAUAUCCUCCAUCCAACCCGACCUGGAGCAACCCUCUCACGUCGGUGGCAAUGGCAGCGAUGGCAACAACGAACUCGACGAAGACCGUCUCGCCCAGUUCGGCUACAAGCAAGAACUCAACCGCGACUGGGGCCUAGCUCACAACUUUGGCGUAUCCUUUUCCAUCAUCUCCGUCAUCACAGGCCUAACCACCCUCUUCUCCUACGGCCUCUCCACCGGCGGUCCAGCCGUCAUGUCCAUCUCCUGGAUCGUCGUCUCCUUCUUCACCCUCCUCGUCGCCAUCGCCAUGGCCGAAAUCGUUUCCGCUAUCCCCACCUCCGGCGGCCCUUACUUCUGGAGUGCCAUGCUCGCUCCCCCCUCGUGGUCUCCCUUCCUAGCCUGGCUCACAGGCUGGUUCAAUCUAUUAGGUCAAGUCGCCGUCACGACGGGAAUCACCUUCGGACUAGCGGGCCUCAUCUCUACAGCCAUCACGGUCAAGAGCCCGGACUACGAACAGACGGCUGCCAAGACCAUAGGCAUCUAUGCCGCGUUGUUGGUCAGUCAUGGCGUGGUCAACACGUUCGGCGUCAAGGGGCUGCGGUUCCUAAAUAAUGUCAGCAUCGUGCUGCAUAGCGCGGGGAUCACGGCGCUUUGUAUUGCUGUUUUGGCCAAGGCGCCCAAACUCCAGUCAGCCAAGUUUGUGUUUGGGACGUACCACGAUGGAACAGCGGCCGAGGAAGGGGUAGAGGGGUGGGGACAGCGCGCUUCACCGGCGUAUGUGGUCCUCUGCGGUGCUUUGCUGUCGCAGUAUACACUCACUGGUUUCGACGCGAGUGCUCAUCUGAGCGAGGAGACCAAGAAGGCGAGUUGGUCUGCGCCGAUUGGCGUGGACUUUGAGAGGGUUUUGGAUAGCAGGUAUGGACAGCCUGUGCUGCAGAUAUUUGUAGAUGUUGCCGGUGAGGAUGGCGCGCUGGUGUUGUUUAGCUUGAUCAUGGUUUGUGUUUGGCAUUGUGGGCUGUUUAGCAUGACGAGUAAUUCGCGCAUGAUGUUUGCUUUUGCGAGGGAUAGGGGGAUUCCCACAUUCUUCCACCAAGUCGACGCCCGCUUCAAGUCCCCCAUCCGCGCCGUCUGGCUCGCCGCCUUCCUCUCUUUCAUCCUCGCCCUCCCCUCUCUCGGGUCCGAAGUCGCCUUCGCAGCCGCCACCUCCAUCGCCACCAUCGGUCUCUACCUUUCCUACGGCCUGCCCAUCCUCAUCGGGCUCUUCUGGCACAAGAACUUUACCGCCAUGAAAGGCCCCUUCAACCUCGGCGCUUUAUCUCGUCCCAUCGCUGGCGCUGCAUGCUUGUGGAUUUGCUUCAUCACUGUGGUGUUCUGCUUACCUACUGCUAACCCUGUUACCAGCCAGACGCUGAAUUAUACCGUGGUGGCGGUGGGGAUUAUUGCUGUUGGUGCGAUCGGGUCGUGGGUGGUCUGGGCGAGACGGUGGUUUACGGGCCCGGCGGCCGAGGUGGCGGAGGCGAUGAGGUUAGGGAUUGAUGUUACGGAACCGGGGGCUUUGGAGAGGAAGGAGAAGGAGGCGUUGGAGGGGGCCAGGAUGGAGAAUGAAAGGGAACGGAGAGAAAGGGAGGAGAAGCAGGCGCCUGCUCUUAGUGGGUAG